AUGAAUGAAUUGUGUAAAACAGAGCAUAACUGGAGUUUUGCAGUUGGAACAUCAAAAGCAUGGUUAUUUCAUGACAGUCACCUUAUACUUAUGAGUCUUCAAAGUCAUGGAGCAUUAUUGAUUCAGUGCGAUAUAUCUAGAGAAAAUAUAUUUGUAUCUAGUAACCAUAGUUUUCAAUCAGAAUUGUGUUUGGAUUUCACAUCGUUCCUCGAAACCAAACAAUUAACAGAUGUUACCAUAAUCACAAACGAUGAAAAACUUAGGGCUCACCAAAUUGUAUUAGCACGCAAAAGUCCAGUAUUUUUAGAUAUGUUUGAUAACGAUAUGCCAGAGAAAAGACCUAAUGUUGUUGAAAUCAAUGAUUUCGACUCUAGUGUUAUCAAAGUAAUGUUGCGUUUUAUGUACACUGGAGAAGUAGAAAACAUGAACGAUGUAGCAGAAGAUUUAUUUCUUUGCGCUGACAAGUAUUCAUUAUCUGAAUUAAAAAAAAUAUGUGAAAUACCACAAUCACUGCAUAAAGCACUCAGUGGCAGACCCCUUGGACGAACAGGUUUUAUAAUGAUAGAUGUCAAAGAAGAUUCUGUAAUGAAAAUUUAUCCUAAAGCUGAAAACAAAAUGAAUGAGAGUGGCUCAAUGAAAUAUCUCAGCUAUUUAUGGAAGAGCAUAACUGGAGUUUUGCAGUUGGAACAUCAAAAGCAUGGUUAUUUCAUGACAGUCACCUUAUACUUAAGAGUCUUCAAAGUCAUGGAGUAUUAUUGA